CCUGAGCUAGAGCGGGGUAUGGAUGGGAUGGAGUACUUAACACUUGACCGUACUUUUCUUACGCUUUCGCCAGCCCCAUGGAUACCUGGACUUCGCAAAGGAGGACAGCCAAUAACAUCAGGACUUGGAGUGGAUACCCGCAUGGCGAUCGUCCAGAUCUCCCAUGGGUCUGCAAUUUGA